CCUCAGGCCCCACAUCCUCCCCUCUCCAUCCGAGCCAGCUCUUGGCCCCUUCCUGCCGUUGCCGGGAGUCUUGACGUACAGCCCAAACGCCAGGCCGCUGCUCGGACAGAUGCCCCGGUAAGAGUAAGAAGGCCAGCAUCCAGUCGAGACAACAGGAGCCCGCACACAAGUUCUCGAACUAGACGCGCUCGUGCGCACGCGCGGGCACGUACAGGGGCGGGGCCUCAACCUCAGGCCCCGCCCAGCCGUCCUGCGCUUCCUCUUCCGACGAGAGGUGUGGCCGCGGCGACCGCGGGAAACCCGGGCCGGUGGUGCGCCGCUGGGUGCUACCGCGGGAAUGGCAAGUUUGGGGACCCUUGUUCUGCGGCCCUGGAUUCGAGAGCUGGUCCUGGGGUCAGAGGCACUCUCAACUCCGCGGGCGGGGCAACUGCUCGAGGUUCUGCAGGACGCCGAGGGUCCGGGCCCGUCCCGCGCCCCUGACACCCCUGACGUGGGGGCCGCACUGCUUGUGUCCGACGGGACCUACAGUGUCCGAUGCCUAGUGACGCGGGAAGCCCUGAACACCUCGGACUGGGAGGAUAAGGAGUUCGGCUUCCGAGGGGCAGAAGGUCGGCUGCUGCUGCUGCAGGACUGCGACGUCCGAGUCCAAGUCGCCGAAGGCGGCGCGCCUGCGGAGUUCUACCUUCAGGUGGACCGCUUCAGCCUGCUUCCCACGGAGCAGCCCCGGGAACGGGUGACUGGUUGCAACCAGGACCCGGAUGUGCAGAAAAAGCUCUAUGACUGCCUGGCGGAGCACCUUUCAGAGUCCACCUCCCCCAAUGCAGGCCUUUCACUGUCGCAACUUCUGGAUGAGGUGCAGGAGGACCAGGAGCAUCAGGGGGCACUAGUGCGCCUGGCUGAGAGCUGUCUGAUGCUGGCAGGCCCUUGCACAGCACCCCCACUCACCCGUUGGGCCACCUCACGCCGCAGGGCUAUGGGAGAAGCUGUGUACACUGUCCCCAGCCUAUGGCUGCACAUUUCUGAGAAUGACCAGCGAAUUCUGAGCUCUCUGCACCCAGAUGAAAGGGCACAGGGCCCUGAGCUGCCCCCACAAGACCCAACUCUGCAGGACCUAUCGCUGACCCUGAUUUCUUCUCCUUCUUCCUCACCCAGUUCCUCAGGAAUCCCUGCCUUACCCGUCCACAUGCUUUCAGAGGAGAGUGGUGCCAGCAUCAGCCUUCUGCCUGCCCUGUCCUUGGCUUCUCCAGACCCAGUACAGAAGGGCAGCUCCCAGCCCCUACCAGCCAUCUGCUCAGUCCCUGGCCCCCUGCCCCCCAAUUCCCCACACCCCAGCCGUGUACACAACUCCCCCCUCCUGAGCUGUACCCCAAGUCUGUCACCCCUUGGCCAUGUCCCCAGUCCACACCAGGCCCAUGUGACCAGGGCCCAGAAACCUAGCCUGGAGUUCAAGGAGGUAGGGUUGCCCUCUAAGAACUGGCAGCACUCUCCAAGGACAAGAACCACGAAGCGAGCCCUGGAGUCCAGCGCUGCCUGGGAUCCCCCAAAGAGGCAUCGUGAUGGUUCUGCCUUCCAAUAUGAGUACGAACCACCCUGCGCCUCCCUCUGUGGCCAGGUCCAAGCUGCCAGGCUCCUUCCACAGCUCGUUGCCUGGGCCUUGAACUUUCUGAUGGAGCCACAGCCAGAGUCUGAGCUAACCCAGAUGUGAGGGGUCCUGCGAGUACGUGGGAGGAUAUGUGCACACAGGUUCAUGCCUAGGGUUGGACAAACAGUGCUCCACACUCUGUUUCCUUUGAGUUUUUUAAUAAAAUAAUCUCAUGCGGCAGGAAA